CAAAAUAUAAUUUCACUUACGUUUUCCAUAGCAACAAUACAUAUUAAAACAUAAUUUUAACAAUUAAUAGUUACGACUUUACUUAAUUACUAUAUAACGUAACUAAUAAUAUAUUUUGGGUAAUAUAACAACCAUGAAUCCAGCAGGUGUAUAUGAAGUGAGAGUUUAUCUUGUUUAGCCAUUAAUUUCAACCGACAAAACAUCUAUGAAUAAUUUGUACACAUUUUUUUUAGCAAAACUCAAAUCAUCAAUUUAAUGAAAUUGAUAAUAUAAAAGACGAUAUUAUAAAUAUUGAAGAAGAAAAUAUUACAGCGGAGGAGUCGGUAGUGUUGAGCGAUGCAUUUCCAGAUUACCGAAAUUGGAUUGAAGAAGAAGAAGCCGAGGAAUUCACUCACAACGAGUAUAAAAAAUAUACUAAAAUAGAUAAACUUAAACAAGGAUCUCACCAAUAUUGACAUAAUACCAAACUUUAAAUAUUUAUCAUAUAUAAAUGUUUCGUACAAUUAUUUGAGCUUGAAGGCUUUAGACUCACUUAAAGAUUUGCCACAUGUGUUACUUAUAUAUGCGGACUAUAACUUAGUUGAAUCACUUCAUUUGGCUCCCAUGCCUUAUUUGAAGGUUUUGACUUUAAAUUCCAACAAGGUGUCGUCGUUAUCAGGAUUGAAGCAAUCUUCAUUGAAGUGUUUAUCGUUGAAUGAUAAUAACAUUUCCCAAUUGAUAUGCGAAUCUGAUAAUAAUUCAAGCUUUAAAGACAACUACUUCAACGGAAUCGAUUGUCCUGAGCUUAUGGCACUAUCUAUUUGCUCUAACAAUUUGAUUAAUAUAAAUAAUAUUUCUCAAGUUUCCAUCAAUUUAAGUGUGUUAUACUUAAGUCGCAAUAAGAUUCAAAAUUUAAAAGGCUUAAAAGAUUUAAUCAAUUUAGAAAGAUUACAUUUACGGAGCAAUCAUAUAACAAAAUUGGACGGAUUUAAUGAAAAAAUGAAAAAAUUAAAGUAUUUAAAUAUAAGAGAAAAUCGAAUUGACAACAUCAAAGAACUUAAAAAAUUAAAGUGCCUCAGUUCUUUAAAAAUAUUGGUAGUAAAGUCGAACAACUUCAAUGAUAACAAUGAAAAUACUAAUAACAGGAUGAAUAUAUUAAAUAUGCUCCCUUGGUUGAAACGCUUGGAUAAAGAUGAAGUGACAAAAAAUGAAAAAGAUAAUAUAGAAUAUGAGGAAACAGAUGAUGCAUACUCUAACAUUGAAAUAGAUUCGAGUAUAGGAAACGAAGAAGAAUUAAUUUUUGAAGAUCAAGAUUUCUAGAGUUUGUUAUUUGUAAUGUAAUGUAAUGUUUUAUGUUAUGUCUCAAAAUAUUAAUAAUUUAAUCUUAUAGCUCUGCUUAAAAAAA